AAAAAAUAAAAAUAUUGAAAAAAUUGUGUUGCAAAAAAAUCAUAAUAUUUAGCUGUGUAUUUUGGGAAAUAUUACUAAGGACAAAACACGAAUAGGGAGUGAUUGCCCAUCCAAACUCUCGCAAUUUGAUUUUUGAGACAAAAUGAAUACUGACAAACAACUUCUCGUUCAACUCUUCGGCGAAUCAUCGGAAGAAGAAGAAGAAGCAGAGGACCAAUCUGAGUCAAAUAUUUGUUUCUGGGAACGAUUCGAAGAAAUUAGAGGGUUAUGGAUUUGCAGAGACUUUCUCUCUCCCCAUCACCAGUCCUCAUUGCUCUCCGCUCUCCAAAACGAAGGAUGGUUGUCUGAAGCCUCUCAUAACCAGGCUAUGAGGUUUGGAGAGCUUCCAUCUUGGGCAAUGGCACUUUCAGAUUCCAUUCAUGAUGCAGUUCUUUCUUGCUCCAUUCAUGUCCCUACGGAUUUAGAAAGCUGCAAUGGCAGAAGAAACGAGCUGCUUUCCCCUUUUCCAUCAGAUUUGUUAUGGAGACAACCUCUCUUUGAUCAACUUAUUGCAAAUUUGUACCAUCCAGGUGAGGGAAUAUGUGCACAUGUUGACCUUAUGAGAUUUGAAGAUGGAAUUGCUAUUGUUUCUUUAGAGUCAUCAUGUGUAAUGCAUUUCAGCCAAGUUGAAGCUGAAGGUGGUGAGAGUAGUAGUAGUAGUAGUAGUGCAAAUAGAAAGAAGAUCCCAGUUUAUCUGAAUCCAGGCUCUCUGAUUCUGAUGUCUGGAGAAGCAAGAUAUGAAUGGAAGCAUGAGAUUAAUCGCAAUCCAGGGGUUCAAAUGUGGGAAGGCCAUGAACUACAGCAGGCUACAAGAACGUCCAUUACUCUGAGAAAGCUUCGAUGUGUUGAGUAGUAGAGUUUUGAUUAGACCACCAACCAUGCUCACAAAUUGGUGUGAAAGGCUCAAACAUAUAUAUUUUUCUCAAAGGGUAUUAGGUUACAAAAAGAAAAUUUAACUAUAAAAUCAAUUUUAAAAGUAUUAAAGUUACAUUUAUUAACUCAAAUGUAACUUUUUUUGUUCUCUCUUUUUCUGGUUGAAUAAUUUUUUUUUAUUAUUAUUUUUCUCAACAAAUAUAUAAUGUAAAUAUGAGAUAUUAUUUUUAAUUAGUUAAAAAGAUUAACCAUUGAAAC